AUGAUUACAAGGGAAGAGUUCGACCAGCUUAAGAGCAAAUUCGAUGCUCAGGUUAAAGCCUUAAGGGCAAGGUGCGAGGUCAAGGGGAGCGCAUUUGAUGAUGGCAACCUGAGGGAAUCGCCAUUCACCUCGGACAUCUUAGAGGCUCAAAUCCCUCCAAAGUUCAAGACUCCCACCAUGAAACCUUAUGAUGGGUCUAAGGACCCAAAAGACUAUGUUGAGGUCUUCGAAGGCCUCAUUGAUUUUCAGACGGUAACAGAUGCAAUCAAGUGUCGCGCCUUCCAGAUCGCGUUCACUGGCAGCGCGCGCCUGUGGUAUCGAAAACUGCCAGCCAGGUCGAUCUCGACCUACUCUCAGCUGAGGAAAGAGUUUAUCAGUCAAUUCUCUUCUCGGCACUAUGAUAGAAAAACAGCUACUCACCUCGCCACCAUCAGGCAGAAGAAAGGUGAGACGUUGAGAGAAUAUGUCACAAGGUUCCAGGAGGAGCAGCUGAAGGUCGCGCACUGCUCCGAUGACUCGGCCAUGUGCUAUUUCCUUACCGGCCUGGCCGAUGAGACCUUAACUGUGAAGCUUGGAAAAGAAGCUCCAGCCACUUUUGCCGAAGUCCUGCAAAAAGUGAAAAAAGUCAUUGACGGGCAGGAACUUCUCCAAACCAAAAUUGGCCGACCUGAGAAGCAGAUUGACCAAAAAAAGCCCAGCCAAGAGAAGAGAAAGGCUGAGUCCAAGUCUAAGGACAGGGGGUCAUCUUCCUCCAGUGGCCGAGCUGGGUAUCGAAGGUAG